CCUCACCAGCCUCCCAAUUCAGUAUUUCCUCCAACACUGCAACUGUAAUGAAGUAACAGGUUUCUGAGAAGAUGCUUGGCAACAAAGCAAUCCGAUCACCAGCACCAGAAAAGGAGAAACACUUCAAUGAGAAUUUAAGCAGACGAGCAUCAAAGUGAGCAAACUCUGAUCUCACUGCGAAGCUCCAAGAGGCAGGGAUAGAAAGCGGUGGCAGAGGGAGAAGAGAUAUUUAAAGUCGCGUUUUUACCCUGCGCUUUCACAUCUAGGAUAUGCGCUGUUUGGGAGGAAAUUCUAGCGAAUAGAAUAGAUCGAGCGGACGCAAAUAGCGUCUCGCCACAGCUCAAACCUCUACUUGUGGAACCGUUUGGAACACACACCAAAUGGCUACAGGAAAGUUUUCAAUGUCUACCUGGCAAGGCUUGAUGAUAAGACUUCGGGACUUCAACUUGAAGCAAUUGUCAUUUCCAUCCGUCGAACAUCUGUAGCGGUGUCGUUUUGUAAGAAGUUCGAGGAUUCAUUCCUGCCCUGCUAUCAGCGAAUUGAUGCCACUAACGCAACAAGUUUUAUGCAUUCGUCAGUACUUUGAACUACCCCGUUGCGGGCUUCUUCUGCUGAAUGUUGUCGCGCAUCUUGGAGCGCACGGAUCGUCAGGAGAACAACUUUUGGUAAGGAACACGGUCGUCAGGAUGGUGAGAGGAGGGGUUGUGAUGAGGCAGGCCAUCUUUAACAAGUCGCUUCUCCAGUAUCUUGCUUGUCCUCUCUCCAAAGAACCUCUUAGGUACUGUGAGAAGACGAAUGAGCUUGUGAGUGACGCAAUUGGCGUAGCUUACCCGUGCACAGAUCAUGAAUGGGAUUCCGUGCCUGAUACCCACGCAAGGACGCAUCCUUGACAACUCAAAAGAGGAGCAGAGCUCAACGAAGUUAUCUUCAAGUAACAAAUGACGUGAGAAUAGUUAUCUCGACUUCUUUUGUGUAGCAAUCAAGGAUUCUGUCUGUAUUUCGUGAUCAGAUCAAAUUGUAUUAGGUCAUUUUAGUGAUAUGAAGUACUACCUCACUUUCACUUACAUGUGAUGAUGAAUUCCUUGACUUUUCAAUCCUACUUACACUUACAUUUCUGUCA